AUGUCUGCAGUACGCAUCGCCAGUGAUGCUUAUACCAAAGACCAUUUGAGCCAGGGCGAGGCCACUCAGCCUCGCAUCGAUGCCGGCGUCGAACAUCGUCGCCGACCGAAAAACUUCAAUACUGCUGAGAGUGCAGAUGGGAUAUACAACAUUCGGUCCAGGACCGCGGGUCCUCAACUGCACAAAGAAGCCAUCUCGCGAUUCCAAGACGAUGACCCAGGCCUCCGCCGAGAGACGGAUUUCAAACAGAAGCAGCAGGAAUUCAGCGGCAAAGUCCUACUUUGGCUCGCAUAUCAGUCCAUGGGUGUCAUCUACGGAGACAUCGCCACCAGCCCCCUCUACGUGUACUCUUCGACGUUCUCGUCUCCGCCAAGUCGGGAAGAUCUGAUCGGUGUCCUGUCGUUGAUCAUCUGGUCCUUGGUGAUGAUGGUCACGGUCAAGUACGUGUUCAUCAUCCUACGGGCCGAUAACAACGGCGAGGGAGGAACCUUUAGUACCUACUCCCUCCUCAGUCGAUACCUGAACAUUACGAACCGCGACCCAAGGGAAGCUUCUCUGAUUGAGAUGAAGCGUUAUGUGUCAGGAGAUCUUGAGAGCGCAGGACGUCAUAUGCGACGUGGUCUCGAAUCGAGCAAGUUUGCCCGAGUGCUCCUCCAGGUCAUCGGCGUCUUGGCUGUCACGAUGGUCAUGUCUGACGGUCUGCUCACUCCAGCCCAGUCUGUCUUAGGCGCGGUUCAAGGCAUUGAAGUCGUGGAUCCUUCCAUAUCCAGAGGCACCAUCAUCGGCGUCACUGAUGCUAUACUCGUCGCGCUCUUCGCGCUUCAGCCGCUGGGUAUUACGAAGAUCACUGUCGCCUUCUCGCCGGUCGUGCUGGUUUGGUUGGGGUUCAAUGCCGUCUUUGGCAUCUACAACCUGGUCAGAUUCGACGCCGGUGUUUUCGAAGCCUUUAAUCCUGGCUACGGCUUCCUGUUCCUCAUUCGUCACGGCGAAGAAGGGUGGAGGAAACUCGGGGGCGUUCUUCUUUGUUUCACCGGACUUGAAGCCUUAUUUGCAGACCUGGGUGCCUUCAGUCGCAGAGCUGUGCAGAUCAGCUGGCUCUUCUAUACCUUCCCUUGCCUUAUACUGGCCUAUGUCGGCCAAGCAGCCUAUAUCAGCGUUCAUCCUGAGGCGUACGACAAUCCUUUCUUCAACGCUGCCCCACCUGGAACGAUCUAUCCCGCUCUAGUCAUUGCAAUAUUGGCUGCCAUCGUUGCUUCUCAAGCAAUUGUUACGGCAACUUUUCAGCUACUAGCACAAGUCAUGAAGCUCUCCUACUUCCCGCAAAUCAAGGUCGUCCACACCUCAGCUACAUUCCACGGACAAUUGUACAUCCCAAUGGCAAAUGUGCUUAUGUGCAUCGGAACGGUCUUGGUAGCUUCGAUAUACAACAACACGACCUCCUUGGGUAACGCAUAUGGAGUGUGUGUCAUGUUUGUGACCUUUUUCGACACCUGCAUGGUCACGCUGGUGGCCAUAUUCGUGUGGCGCAUCAGGAUCUAUCUCGUCGUCCUCCCAUUUCUGGUCAUCGCUCUCAUGGAUGGCACAUUCUUGUCCGCAGCCUUGACCAAGGUGCCUGUGGGCGCAUGGUUCACCAUCAUGCUUUCCGGAGUCCUGGCUCUUUUCCUUCUUCUAUGGCGGUUCGGCAAGGAAAAACAAUGGUUAGCAGAAGCCGAAGACAGGUUCCCGACAUCACACUUCGUCACACAGAACGAAGACGGCACCCUUUCACUGUCUGAUCGCCUGGAUGGGACACCAAUCAGUUCCAUGAAAGGAUUUGGAAUCUUCUUCGACAAGGCGGGCGAAACGACGCCGACGGUGUUCAGUCAGUUUGUCCUCAAGCUGACAGCAGCACCCGAAGUCACCAUCUUUUUCCACCUGCGACCACUUGAGACGCCUUCAGUGGAGCCUGAGGAUCGCCAUACCGUCUCCCGCCUCGGGAUCCCAAACUGCUACCGUCUCGUGGUGCGGUACGGGUACAACGACGAAAUCAUCACGCCCGAUCUGGCCCAUAUCAUCUACAACCAAGUGCGCCAAUACUUGCUGGCCGAGGAGGAGCCCAAAGAGCAUAUGACCUCUGACGACCGAAUUGACACAGCCAUGGCCGGCGAGAAAGACCUCGGUGUCAAGAUCGGGGUCGCGCAACCGCCAACCACCAACAACAAGGGUGAUGGAGCCGUCACACCAGGUUCCCACGAGAGCAGCAGUACUAGUGCUACUACCAGGCUUGAAACGCUCGACCGCGCGUACGCGCACAAAGUCCUCUACAUUGUUGGAAAGGAACAGAUGAAGAUCAGGCCGGGGACGAAUUACGUCAAGUACUGUCUGCUGUGGGCUUUCCUGUGGGUGAGGGAGAAUACCCGGACGAAAAUGGCCAACUUGAAGGUGCCGGCUGAGAAGCUCAUUGAGGUGGGAUUCUUGAAGGAAAUCUAG